CGGGAAGGAAGGAUGCAUUUGUUCAGUUCAGUGUUAUUUCACCUACAAACAGACAGACAUAUACAGGAUAUACCCCCUUUGUAUUCCUGUGAUUUCUGUUGAGAAAACUGAAUUCACCGUGGGAUUAGCCUGCGUUAUGAGCCUUACUGGCCGUCCACCUGCUCCUCGCUGCACUGACGCACCUGUCUGCGUGUAGCUCUGCCCCGGAAGUUCCCCGGAAACCAAUCAGCAGCUGGAUCUGAGAAGGGCGCGGCUCUGACUGGAGGAGGUGUGGGCGCGCUGAAAAGCAACAAUGUCGCCUCUUCUCGAAACGCACACAGCACAGUAGGGUCCGAGGAUAAAAGUGCAGAAACCUGCAGGAUUUGAACUUGAGUGACGUCUGUCCCACGGCUUGUGACAAGAUGAUCCGCUUCCUGUUGCUGUUCAGUCGGCAGGGGAAGCUGCGACUUCAGAAAUGGUACACGCCGUUAACAGACCGGGAGAAGAAGAAAGUGAUCCGGGACAUGAUGAUGUUAGUGUUGGCCCGUCCGCCGCGCUCCUGCAGCUUCCUCCAAUGGAAGGACCUCAAGAUUGUUUCCAGGAGGUACGCAAGCCUUUAUUUCUGUGCUGGUCUGGAGGAGCAGGAUAAUGAGCUGCUGGCCCUCGAAGUGCUGCACAGAUAUGUUGAACUGUUGGAUAAAUACUUUGGUAAUGUGUGUGAGUUGGACAUCAUUUUCAACUUCGAGAAGGCUUACUUCAUCCUAGAUGAAUUUCUGAUGGGAGGAGAAAUCUUAGAAACCUCCAAAGUAGCUGUGGGUGUAGCUAUGGAGGAGGCUGACACACUCCAAGAGACGAUGGAGGAAUACAUGAGCAAACCUGCCUACUGAGCCGAGAGAAGAUGAGGAGUUCAAGACUUGAACCAAAAGGUUUAUUAUUAGUGACUAAUGCUGUGGACAUACAAUAACCACAUUCCUGCUGAUCUUUCAUGUCAUACUAUAGUUUUAAGAUUUGCUAUUAAGUUUGCAUUUGUAAGUGCCUUUUAAAUCUUAUAUUCAUUAAUCUCAGGGUAUAUGACAGGAGAUGUGACUGAAAA